CGAUCGCUCUGCUGGGACAGUUGUCUGCUUUGACUUAAAGUCCGAUACUUGGUCAUGUCGUUUCUGGUGCUGCUGCUCAUCUUGUACAUCAUCUGGGAUGUAAACUACUUUAUACGCUGCCUGUUUACGGUUUUGGCUGGACGCCUGUUCCAGGGCAAGCGCAAGGUAACGGACACCACUAGCAUCUAUGGCCUGUGCACCUCCCAGGAUGUGGAUAUAUUCCUGCGCCAUAUGAACAAUGCGCGCUAUUUGCGUGAACUGGAUUUUGCCCGCUUCCAUUUCUAUGCGCUGACCAAUCUCUAUGAGCUAGUGCGUCAGCGUGGCGGCGGCGCUGUGCAAGGCGCCAGCAGCGUGCGCUAUCGUCGCACCAUACCCAUCUUCCAUCCAUAUAAGAUUCAAACGCGUUUGAUCUGGUGGGAUGACAAGGCCAUCUACUUGGAGCAGACGUUUGUAACCCUCGCCGAUGGCUUUGUGCGUGCUGUGGCGCUUUCCAAGCAGUGCAUCACCAACUGCAAUGUGCUUGAGCUGAUGCAGAAUUAUCCGGAGGCCAAGCAGCGACCAGAAAUGCCUGCCGAGCUCAAACUCUGGCUGGAUGCCAUUGAGCUUUCCAGUCAAAAGCUGCGUAAAGAUAAAUAAAGUUAGUUUUAGUUAUUGCUCAAUUUUUUGUUUACAAAUAAAACCUUUCUUUUUGUACUUAUUGUAAGCAAGCUCAGCUCUUGCCAAAUUUCAAAUAAACGUUGAGCCUAUCGCUUAUCGUUUGUUAUCGAAACAACAUUGUGUCAUCAAGUAUGUUUUUUGUUAAGCUUUGUGCCUUUUGUAUUUGCUUUG